UCCUGUUUGGUGUUGCUCAGUUGUCAGAAGCAUGUUGGCCAUGAACCACCCCAGAGAGACAGCUCAUCUCCACCCGCUGCCAGCACAGUGACAGUGGACUUAUGUGGCAUGGCAACAUCAGAGGACAGUGUGAGUUCCUGGAGCUGUAAGCAGGUGGCCCGGUGGCUGCAGGAAGAAGGUUUCGGGGAGUAUGUGACGUUAUUGUGCGACCAGCACCGCCUGGACGGCCCCAGCCUGCUGGCUCUGACUGAGGCCGACCUGCGCGGGCCUCCGUUGGGCAUCUCUGUGCUUGGAGACAUCAAGAGGCUGAUCAUAGCCCUCUGUCGGCUCCAGAGACAGAACCAGACCCAGCUGGAGGAGCUGGGUCUCUGGCCUACAGACAUUCACCCUGCUGGGCUCUCGCCGGGGUCCACAGGGGGCGAGUGGAGCUGUGACGGUGCUGACCGGAGGUAUAACGGAGGUGAUCACUUAAGUAACGACACUGAGCUGAGGUUGAGGAACGGUGACCGCUCUGGAUACAGUUCUCUGAGUCAUGCACACACCAACGGGAGGUAUAGGCAGCACCUGGCUGGCCGAUUGGACCCAGAGGUGUGGAAGACAAUUAUGAGUUCCAUUUAUGUAUUUUUUGUGUUUGGAUUCACUUCGUUUGUCAUGGUCAUCGUACAUGAGCGUGUCCCGGACAUGAGGACGUAUCCACCACUGCCCGAUAUAUUUCUGGACAGUGUUCCUAGAAUCCCUUGGGCUUUUGCAAUGGCUGAAGCCUGUGGCCUCAUCCUGUGUUACAUGUGUCUGCUGGUCCUGCUCCUCCACAAACACAGAUCCAUUAUCUUCAGACGGUUGUGUUCUUUGUUGGGAACAGUGUUUUUGCUCCGUUGCUGCACCAUGUUUGUCACUUCACUCUCUGUUCCUGGGCAGCACCUGAAGUGUGCCAGCAAGACGUACGGGGAUUCCUGGGGAAAGAUCCAGAGGGCGCUACUGAUCUGGAGUGGAUGUGGGAUGACGCUGACAGGUGUCAAAACGUGCGGAGACUACAUGUUCAGUGGGCACACUGUUGUCAUCACGUUGCUCAACUUUUUUGUGACUGAAUACACUCCUCGAACAUGGAAUCUAAUUCACACCAUCUCCUGGGUGUUAAACCUGUUUGGGAUUUUCUUCAUCCUGGCGGCCCACGAGCACUACUCCAUCGACGUGUUCAUUGCAUUCUACAUCACUACUCGCCUCUUCCUCUACUACCACACAUUAGCCAACACCCGUGCCUACCAGCAGAGCCGGAGGGCGCGCAUUUGGUUCCCCAUGUUCUCCUUCUUUGAGUGCAAUGUGAAUGGACCUGUCCCCAACCAGUAUCACUGGCCCUUCAAGAAACCUGCCUUUAUGAAAACUCUGAUUGGAUAGAGUAAGCUGCAAUGUGCAUGGACUGUAAUACUAACGGUUGAAAGAGAAACUAUACUUGAUAUGCUGCUUCUUAUAUUUGGCUGCUUAUAAGUUUAUUAUGUGGGAGUUUCCUCCUCCCCCCAAUUUGUAUAAAUGAAUGAUUUUUUUUUUUUAUUCCGAAAGUUAGAUGAGAAGAUCGAAACCAUUCUUAAUCUUCUCAUCUAUGAGUUAGAUGAGAAAGUGUAUUUCCCCAAAAUGUUGAAGAAUUCCUUUUUAUUUAAUUGCACAGUACUACCAUUUGACACAAGAUAUGUGGUUUCUUCUUUAUUUGACACAAGAUAUGUGGUUUCUUCUUUUCUUCUGAGAGAUUUGUUUGCCUUCGAUUAAUCACUUCCAAUGUUCAUGUUCCACUUUGGGGAUGUUUAAGUUCCUCUGGUUUGGGUUGUUAGUCACCCUUAACAUCUACAGGAGAGAACUGUAGUUUUGCUGCAAAGAGAUUGAACACUUGUGAGAUUCACUACUAACAAAAGAGGCAGUUGUUUCUUUUGAUGUGCAACAGGAAAAACACUUCCUGUUCUCUGCUGAAAUAGCUCUUUUUUUAUCCACUGAUGUUUUCUUUCAUUUACACUUUAUAGAGUGAACUCUAAAGCUUAGUUUAAUUUGAUAAUGUCACCAUUGGGAUAGUGUCGCUUCCUACAUUUUCAGUUCAAUUCAACCAAAAUCAAAACAUUUAUUGUAAUGUUUAAUAUUGUCAAUCGGCCCUUAGUAUAAUUGUGUUUUUAUCCUAAUUUGUUGCCGUUUUUUUAUUUUUUAUUAUGAAAUGAGUAAAGAAAUGAAGUGAUGGAUUUUGUUGAAGCUUUAUUGUCCAGAGUUUUCCUCUAUUGCACAGUACAAAGACUGGCUUUUUGGAUCACAAAAGCUUCAAAGUAUAUUGAUUACUACGGCAUGGUUAAUCCAAACUAAAGCUUUUUAAUAAUUGUUUACAAUUCGUGUCUUUAUUUGUAAUGCAAGUAAUCUAUCUCUGCCUUUUUGGCUCAGCAAUAAACGUUUACAGAUAAGUUUA